GCAGCCCAAGCGGACCCUGGAGCCGGCGGCAGCGCGCCUGUCGCAGGCGGCGGCGUCCAGCGCCCGGGGCCGGGCUGAGCGGCCAGCCCCAAGGGCUGCGGCGCCAGGGACGCUCCGGGCCCGCGCUCCGCCGCCGCCGCCUGCUGCCGCGAGGUCAUCGUGAUCCUAGCGUGCCAGCCGCUGCCCGCUUUCCCUACUCUGGAUCUGGAUGGGAAGUUGGGGAAGAUGGAUAGGGUCGUGUUGGGGUGGACCGCUGUCUUCUGGUUAACAGCCAUGGUUGAAGGUCUUCAGGUCACGGUGCCUGACAAGAAGAAGGUGGCCAUGCUCUUCCAGCCCACCGUGCUUCGCUGCCACUUCUCCACAUCCUCCCACCAGCCUGCGGUGGUGCAAUGGAAGUUCAAAUCCUACUGCCAGGAUCGCAUGGGAGAAUCCUUGGGCAUGUCUUCUCCCAGAGCCCAAGCUCUCAGCAAGAGGAACCUGGAAUGGGACCCCUACUUGGAUUGUUUAGACAGCAGAAGGACUGUCCGAGUGGUAGCUUCCAAACAGGGCUCGACUGUUACCUUGGGAGAUUUCUACAGGGGCAGAGAGAUCACGAUAGUUCAUGAUGCAGAUCUUCAGAUUGGAAAGCUCAUGUGGGGAGACAGCGGGCUGUACUACUGUAUCAUCACCACCCCGGACGACCUGGAAGGCAAAAAUGAGGACUCCGUGGAGCUGCUGGUAUUGGGCAGGACAGGGCUGCUUGCUGAUCUCUUGCCCAGUUUUGCUGUGGAGAUCAUGCCAGAGUGGGUGUUUGUCGGCCUGGUGAUACUGGGGAUCUUCCUGUUCUUCGUGCUGGUGGGGAUCUGCUGGUGUCAAUGCUGCCCUCACAGCUGCUGCUGCUAUGUCCGCUGCCCGUGCUGCCCCGAUUCCUGCUGCUGCCCUCAGGCCUUGUAUGAAGCAGGGAAAGCAGCCAAGGCCGGGUACCCUCCCUCCGUCUCCGGUGUCCCUGGCCCCUACUCCAUUCCCUCUGUCCCUUUGGGAGGAGCCCCCUCUUCUGGCAUGCUGAUGGACAAGCCGCAUCCACCUCCCUUGGCACCAAGUGAUUCCACUGGAGGAAGCCACAGUGUUCGCAAAGGUUACCGGAUUCAAGCUGACAAGGAGAGAGACUCCAUGAAGGUCCUGUACUAUGUCGAGAAGGAGCUGGCUCAGUUUGAUCCAGCCAGGAGGAUGAGAGGCAGAUAUAACAACACCAUCUCGGAACUCAGCUCCCUGCAUGAUGAUGACAGCAAUUUCCGCCAGUCUUACCACCAGAUGCGGAAUAAGCAGUUCCCUAUGUCUGGGGACUUGGAAAGCAAUCCAGACUACUGGUCAGGUGUCAUGGGAGGCAACAGUGGGACCAACAGGGGGCCAGCCCUGGAGUAUAACAAAGAGGACCGUGAGAGCUUCAGGCACAGCCAGCCGCGCUCCAAAUCCGAGAUGCUGUCGCGGAAGAACUUUGCCACGGGUGUGCCAGCAGUGUCAAUGGACGAGCUGGCGGCCUUCGCAGACUCGUAUGGCCAGAGGUCGCGGCGCGCUAAUGGCAACAGCCACGAGGCGCGGACGGGGAGCCGCUUCGAGCGCUCCGAGUCUCGGGCCCACGGUGCCUUCUACCAGGACGGCUCGCUGGAUGAGUACUACGGGCGCGGGCGCAGUCGCGAGCCCCCGGGAGACGGGGAGCGAGGCUGGACCUACAGCCCAGCACCCGCACGCCGUCGGCCGCCGGAGGAUGCGCCUCUGCCGCGCCUGGUGAGCCGGACCCCGGGCACCGCGCCCAAGUACGAUCAUUCGUAUCUGAGCAGCGUGCUGGAGCGCCAGGCGCGGCCGGAGAGCAGCAGCCGCGGGGGCAGCCUGGAGACGCCGUCCAAGCUGGGCGCGCAGCUCGGCCCGCGCAGCGCAUCCUACUACGCCUGGUCGCCGCCAGCCACCUACAAGGCUGGGGCCAGCGAGGGCGAAGACGAGGACGACGCGGCGGACGAGGAUGCUCUGCCACCCUACAGCGAGCUGGAGCUGAGCCGCGGGGAGCUGAGCCGGGGCCCGUCCUACCGCGGGCGUGACCUGUCCUUCCACAGCAACUCUGAGAAGAGGAGGAAAAAGGAGCCCGCCAAGAAAACUGGCGACUUUCCAACCAGGAUGUCCCUUGUAGUCUGAUACCUUUAACACACCUUUCUGGAUGGCUGGAAAUCAGAGGCAGACUAUGGAGACAAGACACAAAUCUGAGAGCCGGCAAGCCUAGGACCUUCUCUGGCCAGCAACCACCUUGGAAGCUUUGCUGAUCUCUGCUUUGGCAAGGGAUCCUCUUUUAGGAAGGCUGAUUUCAAAUCUUAGUGCCCAUCUAUCUUGAGCAACUUACCAAGAAAACGCUGUGUGAGAACAUACCACGUAAUAACCCACCAAGUUUAUCUUGCCCCAGCCCCCAUUUCCUUAGCAGAAAGAAGACUCUAUGUUCAGUUCUAAAGCAGGUAGCUUUGGACCCCUAAUCUCUAGAAAUUACCUAUGCCUGCAGUAUGUUUUUCAACGAGUGCUGUUCUGUGCUUAGAGAGAGGAAUUUAUUACUACUGCUAGAAGACCUUCUGCUCACAAGAGAGAUAAUUUCAAGGUAAAAUGUACCUUAUACCCCAUCGCUUCCGGUCACUGGUCAAUGAAUCUUUUUAUGCUAAAAUCAGAAGGCCUUUAGUGAGCUUAGAGGCAGAGACCUCCUGGGCAAUCACAGAAAUGGCUUCAAUUUGCUGCUCUGACUCACAAUUCUAAGUGGCUGGGACAAGCAGAGGAUAGCAUUUCUGAAAAACUGUCUUAAGUGGUUUUUCUUUUUCCAUUCAGAGGACGUAAGCUGCUUUUCAUCUUUCUGUUGCACACAGUGACAAUCCUAAGGUUCCCCCCUCCCCAGUCCCUCUCUUCCUUCCCUCUCCUGGUCUCCUGGUCUCCCUCUCCACAGGGCUGGUGCCUCUGAGGGUAUUCCACUCCACUCUUCAGUGUGAAUAGCUUGUCAUCAGGUGCCUUUGACAGAUGUUUAAAACACACAUUUGAGAGAGGAGAAAAGCAGAAACCGGUGACGCAAGGUGAAGAACGUGAAAUGAUAUGUAGUCUCGUUAUAUUUUGAAUGUGGGUUGUUUUCCUACACUCAGAUUUUCUUUCUUUUUUUCUUUUUUCUUUUUUUUUCUUUUGGAUUUGUAUUUCACUUAAGAGUUAUUUCUACCAUCCUGAUUCUGCUGCUGCUGGGCACCAGGGAUGUGGUGUUCACAUCUUUUGGCCUCACUGGCCCACCACUAUAGAUAUUUUGGGGAGAAGAAAGAUACCACUUCCUCAGCAACAAACAUUUCCUCUUCCUACCCUUGCAAAAGAAUUAAUUUAUUUUGCCUGAAUCCCAAGCUGAACUUUUGUAGGUAAACUGCAAAAGUAGCCACAAACUCCUGUCCUCUCACUGCCAUGGACCCUACCAAAUGCACCUCAACUCUCCUACAUGGUGAGAGAAGAGCCUGGUCACUACGGUCACUGUAUGUGCCCAUUUUAUCAACUCUAAGCAGACAUGAAAGAACAUCUGGCCAGGACCAACAAAAGAACUGCCUGACUGAGCCGAGCCCAAACUGGAGAUUCCCACUUUAGAGGAGAAGCUUGGUAUUCCUGUGUGUUCAUUUAUCGUCAAGGAUAAACCUCUCAUCAGAAUAUUUGGCUCUGAUCGGUUACUCACCCAACCUUGGGUAUCACACAACCUUCGAUUUUGUUAGCAGACUUUUCAGUCUUCGUUACUGCAGUGAAACAUGAGACUGGGUGAAGUGGCUGGAGCAAGGUGAUGCUUGCUAUCCCCUCAUCCAGUGGCAGUCUGUUCUCUACUUAUUGGUCUAUGUGUAGCCUCUGAAGAAGGUUGGUCAGCAUUUCCUCAGACUUUUCCAUGGCCACCUAACUGGAAUUCCAGAGUCCAUUCUGUUAGCAUCUAUUGUACUUCAUGAGAUUUCCAGAAAAGAUCCUUCUGUGUGUGAUGUAAGAAGCUGCUGGGUUAGGGUUGGGGGUGAGUAGAAUCAUUGCCUGGAGGAGAACUGGCCUGCCAAAUAACUUCACGGUUGCUUUGGCCUGCCCUAGAUGGAUCAGGAGGAUACUUCAGCCCAAUGCUGGCACUUCCAAGGGCUGGAAGACAAAAGCCAUAACUCUGGUGCUGAGUUUGAGACUCGCUAGUGUCCCUGGCCUCAGAAAACCUAGGUCUGAUCUGUCUGUUUGGGCUCUAAAUCAAUAUGGCAAAAACAUCAUUUCUUAAUCACCAGCUUUUGAUUUCAACCUGCUCAGGCAUUUUUGAAGAAUAUCGGAUAGCCGCAGUAGCUACUGUCAUACUGAGCACUGUGUCAGGCUUCUCACCACCAAAGAGCCCCAUAGCACAGACUACAGAGACCAAAUAUAUUGCUUUGUAGAGCCAGGGGCAUUUAUGAGCUUGGGGAAAGCUGAGGGAGCAAUAAAUUAAAGGAAAAAGUUAAAAUUGGAAACACAAAGUUCUAAAGACAAGUCUAUAGGCUGAAAAAAAUUUUUUUAAUUCAAUGUAUAGAAGAUAACAGGCUUUCAGAAUAACUGGGGGAAAGUGGAGCACAGAUUGCUCUCUGUAGGGCUUCGUGAAUCAGGUGGGAUCAGUAGAGAGGAGGAGCUUCUGGGUAUGUGGAUAGGAGAUGAUGCUGAACGGACAAGGCUAAGCUGGCUGUCCUCGGUGCCCUUUGUUUCUUUCCCAAAUACUGUGUCCCGCACAGGAAGUGCCUAUGCGUAUUAGUUCCUUUCCUGUUUUUCUAGGGCAUAAAGGAAGUCUUAUAUAAGAGGUGAUCUCCAUCCACUAAUUCCCUACAACUUAAGAAGGAAGAUAAGUCAUGCCCAAGAAAGGAUGAGUAUAUUUUAUGCAUAUGAUAAGAAAUAGUGCUAUGGAUAAAU